AUGGCAUAAGCACACGUUGACCUACCAUUCAGUCUAACCACUGUACUAAUACGGAAGAAGUCUUUAUCUCGGGAAUUACGACCAGUGCAUGUUGUCUGGUGCUUAGGUUAUCUGUAACCGCGACGUUUCAUUCACACCACUUACGAUCAAAAUGAGGGCCCUGCUGGUUGUCUGUUUCAUAAUUAAUUUGUUCCACCUAAGCUUUCAACAUCCAGACAAAAGACAAGGUGGUCUCGUACCAAACUGUGGCGACACGUGGUCACAUGUACCCAACCCCUGUUCAGGGAGCUCUUCCAGCCAUCUGUACUACCCCCACCCACGGGACAGCACAAAGUUUAUACAGUGCACGGCUAAUGGAGAGAUGUACCUGAUACAGUGCCCCGCGGGGAAAAUAUAUUACGCCUCCGUCUCGCAUUGCGCCCAACCAAUCACCACAACGGCACCUCCACCCUCAUUCACCAACCCCUGUACAUCAGACGCGUUCUUCAACAGUGCUGGAGUUGUAUAUUUCCCGUACCCUAGCGACAACACCAAGUUCAUUGUGUGUGAAGGCGUGGGCCAUGCUAACAUCAUGUCAUGCCCCUCCCCCCUGGUGUGGGACGAGAGUAGGAAAUCCUGCGUCUACACCCUCGUCACCGCCGGACAGACACCCCCACACACUGCCACUACGGUGGCACCAGAUUACCUCGCAUUGACUUGUCAGAAAAUCACCGUACCCAUUGACGGAGUCUACUUUUCCCAUCCUAUCCCCUCAAAGUUCAUUCAGUGCGGCCCCGGGGGCACGGCCUACGUCCUGAGCUGUCCACAAGGCACUGUGUGGAAUGAAUUUGAUAAAAGAUGCGUAUCCCCCUUUAUCACCGCGACCCCGCCGACGGCAUUCUAAAUAGACUGUGUUACAUAUUGUGUAUAGUGUGGGAUAAAUAAAACUAUUCCAAAACUGCU